AUGGAGAUGCUGGUCGUUGCCGCUGUCCGGGUUGACCGUGGAGCUCGCGCUGUCAACGAUGGAGAUCGCGUGGUGCCGUCUGGUGGGGCGGUGGACCGGUGCGACGAUGUAGUGACGCAGUUAUACUACAACCUGGUGCUGCUGGGCAUGGUGGCCGAGCAGCUCGUGUUGGCCAAGAUGGAGAUGCUGGUCGUUGCCGCUGUCCGUGUUGACCGUGGAGCUCGCGCUGUCAACGAUGGAGAUCGCGUGGCGCGGUCUGGUGGGGCGGUGGACCGGUGCGACGAUGUAGUGACGCAGUUAUACUACAACCUGGCGCUGCUGGGCAUGGUGGCCGAGCAGCUCGUGUUGGCCAAGAUGGAGAUGCUGGUCGGUCAUCAUGGCCGAGCAGCCCGUGUAGGCCAAGAUGGAGAUGCUGGUCGGUGCGCCAAGGGCCUGACGCUGAUGUGCUACGGCCAGUUGCCGCUGUCCGUGUUGACCGUGGAGCUCGCGCUGUCCACGAUGGAGAUCGCGUGGCACCGUCUGGUGGGGCGGUGGACCGGUCAUCAUGGCCGAGCAGCCCGUGUAGGCCAAGAUGGAGAUGCUGGUCGGUGCGCCAAGGGCCUGACGCUGAUGUGCUACGGCCAGUUGCCGCUCGCUGCUGGGCAUGGUGGCCGAGCCGCUCGUGUAGGCCAAGAUGGAGAUGCUGGUCGGUGCGCCAAGGGCCUGACGCUGUUGUGCUACGGCCAGUUGCCGCUGUCCGGGUUGACCGUGGAGCUCGCGCUGUCAACGAUGGAGAUCGCGUGGCGCCGUCUGGUGGGGCGGUGGACCGGUCAUCAUGGCCGAGCAGCCCGUGUAGGCCAAGAUGGAGAUGCUGGUCGGUGCGCCAAGGGCCUGACGCUGAUGUGCUACGGCCAGUUGCCGCUGUCCGGGUUGACCGUGGAGCUCGUGCUGUCCACGAUGGAGAUCGCGUGGCGCCGUCUGGUGGGGCGGUGGACCGGUCAUCAUGGCCGAGCAGCCCGUGUAGGCCAAGAUGGAGAUGCUGGUGGGUGCGCCAAGGGCCUGACGGUGAUGUGCUACGGCCAGUUGCCGCUGUCCGUGUUGACCGUGGAGCUCGCGCUGUCCACGAUGGAGAUCGCGUGGCGCCGUCUGGUGGGGCGGUGGACCGGUCAUCAUGGCCAAGCCGCUCGUGUAGGCAAAGAUGGAGAUACUGGUCGGUGCGCCAAGGGCCUGACGCUGAUGUGCUACGGCCAGUUGCCGCUGUCCGUGUUGGCCGUGGAGCUCGUGCUGUCAACGAUGGAGAUCGCGGGGCGCCGUCUGGUGGGGCGGUGGACCGGUCAUCAUGGCCGAGCAGCCCGUGUAGGCCAAGAUGGAGAUGCUGGUCGGUGCGCCAAGGGCCUGACGCUGAUGUGCUACGGCCAGUUGCCGCUGUCCGUGUUGACCGUGGAGCUCGUGCUUUCCACGAUGGAGAUCGCGUGGCGCCGUCUGGUGGGGCGGUGGACCGGUCAUCAUGGCCAAGCCGCUCGUGUAGGCCAAGAUGGAGAUGCUGGUCGGUGCGCCAAGGGCCUGAUGCUGUUGUGCUACGGCCAGUUGCCGCUGUCCGUGUUGACCGUGGAGCUCGUGCUUUCCACGAUGGAGAUCGCGUGGCGCCGUCUGGUGGGGCGGUGGACCGGUGCGACGCGUCUGGUGGGGCGGUGCGACGAUGUAGUGACGCAGUUAUACUACAACCUGGUGCUGCAGGUCAUCAUGGCCGAGCAGCUCGAGUUGGCCAAGAUGGAGAUGCUGGUCGUUGCCGCUGUCCGUGUUGACCGUGGAGCUCGUGCUGUCCACGAUGGAGAUCGCGUGGCGCGGUCUGGUGGGGCGGUGGACCGGUGCGACGAUGCAGUGACGCAGUUAGACUACAACCUGGUGCUGCAGGUCAUCAUGGCCGAGCAGCCCGUGUUGGCCAAGAUGGAGAUGCUGGUCGGUCAUCAUGGCCGAGCCGCUCGUGUAGGCCAAGAUGGAGAUGCUGGUCGGUGCGCCAAGGGCCUGACGCUGAGGUGCUACGGCCAGUUGUCGCUGUCCGUGUUGACCGUGGAGCUCGUGCUGUCCACGAUGGAGAUCGCGUGGCGCCGUCUGGUGGGGCGGUGCGACGAUGUACUGACGCAGUUAUACUACAACCUGGCGCUGCUGGUUGCCGCUGUCCGUGUUGACCGUGGAGCUCGUGCUGUCCACGAUGGAGAUCGCGUGGCGCGGUCUGGUGGGGCGGUGGACCGGUGCGACGAUGCAGUGACGCAGUUAGACUACAACCUGGUGCUGCAGGUCAUCAUGGCCGAGCAGCCCGUGUUGGCCAAGAUGGAGAUGCUGGUCGUUGCCGCUGUCCGUGUUGACCGUGGAGCUCGUGCUUUCCACGAUGGAGAUCGCGUGGCGCGGUCUGGUGGGGCGGUGGACCGGUGCGACGAUGCAGUGACGCAGUUAUACUACAACCUGGUGCUGCAGGUCAUCAUGGCCGAGCAGCCCGUGUUGGCCAAGAUGGAGAUGCUGGUCGUUGCCGCUGUCCGUGUUGACCGUGGAGCUCGUGCUGUCCACGAUGGAGAUCGCGUGGCGCCGUCUGGUGGGGCGGUAGACCGGUGCGACGAUGUAGUGACGCAGUUAUACUACAACCUGAUGCUGCUGGGUAUGGCGGCCGAGCCGCUCGUGUUGGCCAAGAUGGAGAUGCUGGUCGUGACGCAGUUGUACUACAACCUGGCGCUGCUGGGCAUGGUGGCCGAGCAGCCCGUGUUGGCCAAGAUGGAGAUGCUGGUCGGUCAUCAUGGCCGAGCAGCCCGUGUAGGCAAAGAUGGAGAUGCUGGUCGGUGCGCCAAGGGCCUGACGCUGAUGUGCUACGGCCAGUUGCCGCUGUCCGUGUUGACCGUGGAGCUCGUGCUGUCCACGAUGGAGAUCGCGUGGCGCGGUCUGGUCAUCAUGGCCGAGCAGCCCGUGUUGGCCAAAAUGGAGAUGCUGGUCGUUGCCGCUGUCCGUGUUGACCGUGGAGCUCGUGCUGUCCACGAUGGAGAUCGCGUGGCGCCGUCUGGCGGGGCGGUGGACCGGUGCAACGAUGUAGUGACGCAGUUAUACUACAACCUGGCGCUGCUGGGCAUGGUGGCCGAGCCGCUCGUGUUGGCCAAGAUGGAGAUGCUGGUCGGUCCUGACGCUGAUGUGCUACGGCCAGUUGCCGCUGUCCGUGUUGACCGUGGAGCUCGUGCUGUCCACGAUGGAGAUCGCGUGGCGCCGUCUGGCGGGGCGGUGGACCGGUGCAACGAUGUAGUGACGCAGUUAUACUACAACCUGAUGCUGCUGGGCAUGGUGGCCGAGCCGCUCGUGUUGGCCAAGAUGGAGAUGCUGGUCGUUGCCGCUGUCCGUGUUGACCGUGGAGCUCGUGCUGUCCACGAUGGCGAUCGCGUGGCGCCGUCUGGCGGGGCGGUGGACCGGUGCAACGAUGUAGUGACGCAGUUAUACUACAACCUGGCGCUGCUGGGCAUGGUGGCCGAGCCGCUCGUGUUGGCCAAGAUGGAGAUGCUGGUCGGUCCUGACGCUGAUGUGCUACGGCCAGUUGCCGCUGUCCGUGUUGACCGUGGAGCUGAGCUCGUGCAGUCCACGUCGGAGAUCGCGUGGCGCCGUCUGGUCAUCAUGGCCGAACAGCCCGUGUUGGCCAAGAUGGAGAUGCUGGUCGUUGCCGCUGUCCGUGUUGACCGUGGAGCUCGUGCUGUCCACGAUGGAGAUCGCGUGGCGCCGUCUGGCGGGGCGGUGGACCGGUCCAACGAUGUAGUGACGCAGUUAUACUACAACCUGGUGCUGCAGGUCAUCAUGGCCGAGCAGCCCGUGUUGGCCAAGAUGGAGAUGCUGGUCGGUGCGCCAAGGGCCGACGCUGAUGUGCUACGGCCAGUUGCCGCUGUCCGUGUUGACCGUGGAGCUCGUGCUUUCCACGAUGGAGAUCGCGUGGCGCCGUCUGGUGGGGCGGUGGACCGGUGCGACGAUGUACUGACGCAGUUAUACUACAACCUGGUGCUGCAGGUCAUCAUGGCCGAACAGCCCGUGUUGGCCAAGAUGGAGAUGCUGGUCGUUGCCGCUGUCCGUGUUGACCGUGGAGCUCGUGCUGUCCACGAUGGAGAUCGCGUGGCGCCGUCUGGUGGGGCGGUAGACCGGUGCGACGAUGUACUGACGCAGUUAUACUACAACCUGGUGCUGCUGGGCAUGGUGGCCGAGCCGCUCGUGUUGGCCAAGAUGGAGAUGCUGGUCGUUGCCGCUGUCCGUGUUGACCGUGGAGCUCGUGCUGUCCACGAUGGAGAUCGCGUGGCGCCGUCUGGUGGGGCGGUAGACCGGUGCGACGAUGUAGUGACGCAGUUAUACUACAACCUGGUGCUGCUGGGCAUGGUGGCCGAGCCGCUCGUGUUGGCCAAGAUGGAGAUGCUGGUCGUUGCCGCUGUCCGUGUUGACCGUGGAGCUCGUGCUUUCCACGAUGGAGAUCGCGUGGCGCCGUCUGGUGGGGCGGUGCACCGGUGCGACGAUGUACUGACGCAGUUACACUACAACCUGGUGCUGCUGGGCAUGGUGGCCGAGCCGCUCGUGUUGGCCAAGAUGGAGAUGCUGGUCGUUGCCGCUGUCCGUGUUGACCAUGGAGCUCGUGCUGUCAACGAUGGAGAUCGCGUGGCGCCGUCUGGUGGGGCGGUAGACCGGUGCGACGAUGUACUGACGCAGUUACACUACAACCUGGUGCUGCUGGGCAUGGUGGCCGAGCCGCUCGUGUUGGCCAAGAUGGAGAUGCUGGUCGGUCCUGACGCUGAUGUGCUACGGCCAGUUGCCGCUGUCCGUGUUGACCGUGGAGCUCGUGCUGUCCACGAUGGAGAUCGCGUGGCGCCGUCUAGUGGGGCGGUGCGACGAUGUAGUGACGCAGUUAUACUACAACAUGGCGCUGCUGGGCAUGGUGGCCGAGCCGCUCGUGUUGGCCAAGAUGGAGAUGCUGGUCGGUGCGCCAAGGGCCUGACGCUGUUGUGCUACGACCAGUUGCCGCUGUCCGUGUUGACCGUGGAGCUCGUGCUGUCCACGAUGGGAGAUGCUGGUCGGUGCGCCAAGGGCCUGACGCUGAUGUGCUACGGCCAGUUGCCGCUGUCCGUGUUGACCGUGGAGCUCGUGCUGUCCACGAUGGAGAUCGCGUGGCGCCGUCUGGUGGGGCGGUGGACCGGUCAUCAUGGCCGAGCAGCCCGUGUAGGCCAAGAUGGAGAUGCUGGUCGGUGCGCCAAGGGCCUGACGCUGAUGUGCUACGGCCAGUUGCCGCUGUCCGUGUUGACCGUGGAGCUCGUGCUGUCCACAAUGGAGAUCGCGUGGUGGGGCGGUGGACCGGUGCGACGAUGUCAUCAUGGCCGAGCAGCCCGUGUAGGCCAAGAUGGAGAUGCUGGUCGGUGCGCCAAGGGCCUGACGCUGAUGUGCUACGGCCAGUUGCCGCUGUCCGUGUUGACCGUGGAGCUCGUGCUGUCCACGAUGGAGAUCGCGUGGCGCCGUCUGGUGGGGCGGUGGACCGGUCAUCAUGGCCGAGCAGCCCGUGUAGGCCAAGAUGGAGAUGCUGGUCGGUGCGCCAAGGGCCUGACGCUGAUGUGCUACGGCCAGUUGCCGCUGUCCGUGUUGACCGUGGAGCUCGUGCUGUCCACAAUGGAGAUCGCGUGGUGGGGCGGUGGACCGGUCAUCAUGGCCGAGCCGCUCGUGUUGGCCAAGAUGGAGAUGCUGGUCGUUGCCGCUGUCCGUGUUGACCGUGGAGCUCGUGCUGUCCACGAUGGAGAUCGCGUGGCGCCGUCUGGCGGGGCGGUGGACCGGUGCGACGAUGCAGUGACGCAGUUAUACUACAACCUGGUGCUGCAGGUCAUCAUGGCCGAGCCGCUCGUGUUGGCCAAGAUGGAGAUGCUGGUCGGUCAUCAUGGCCGAGCAGCCCGUGUAGGCCAAGAUGGAGAUGCUGGUCGGUGCGCCAAGGGCCUGACGCUGAUGUGCUACGGCCAGUUGCCGCUGUCCGUGUUGACCGUGGAGCUCGUGCUGUCCACAAUGGAGAUCGCGUGGCGCCGUCUGUACUGUACUAUGUUUCCGUGCUCCAAGCCAUUGACUAGGAGCAACACGGUUGGCGCUACCCGCAUCAGCGCGCUCCACUCGGGCAGUUUGGCCGUCACCGUCAGCCGUAAUAGAAGCGUGGGUAUGCCAUGUACCGCUUUGAGGAACCCCGGUAGACUGGGCCACGCCACCUCCGUAUUAGGCUCCCUGGUCAACACGUGGUGCCGCAAGAUCGGUGUCGAUGCAUUUGCGCACCAACCAUCGCUAAAGGGCGCCACGCUAUCGCAGGCAACACAAGCCGUGUGGGCAACGCGGUCAGCAGCCAGUGGCUGCGGUGUUGAUGCAUUUGUGCACCAUUGGUUCAGCACCAACCAUCGCUAA